CUUAGUGACUCGGCCAAGGCCUGCGCUGUCCUGAAGGCGGUGAGCCACCUACAAGACUUCCUUGCAACAACAAUCCUUCUUUCUCAUUUCUUCUUUAGCGAUUCCUUCUUUAUGAGGAGACCUUUUACUAUGACAAUGGAAGAAGAAAGCGUCGCAUUGUUGCUACAGCAGCUCCAGGAGCUCCGUACAGAGAUGCGGACUCAGAAACAACAGCUCCAAGAAGAGAAUAACAGCUUACGGGCGGAACUACAGGCCGUACGGAACUCGCAACUGAGAAACCAUCCACCAGUUACCACUACAGUUACAUCCGCAACGCCCACCCCCUACGAACGAAGCUAUCCCCGUCCUCGUCACCCGGAUGUCGAACCCUUUACUGGAGAAGACCCUAAGGACUACCCUCCUUUCCAGAUGAACCUUCGUACGAAGUUUGCAAUCGACGCCGCCUGCUACCCUACAGAGGAGGAACAAGUUUACUAUGCCUACAGCCGCCUGAGAGGAAAAGCCAGCCAGCGUGUACUACCAUGGCUCUUGGCUCGCCAGAAAUCUGAGACUCCCGUGCUAUGGGCAGAAUUCUCCGCGGUACUAGACAAGGCCUUUGGUGACCCUGACCGACAGAGAAAGGCUCUUUUCUUGAAUGAAUUUGACGAAGAACUUCUUAAUACUGGAGGGAUUAAUUGGGAUGAUAACCAGAAGAAGGCCUUGUUGGACAGAUUCAUUAAUGUUGAGUUGCUAAAAGCCAUGGUUGGUAUUAGGCAGGAGGAUUCGUACGACAACUACUGUAAUCAACUGCGCGAAAUCAACCACAACCUCCAGAGAGUGGCCAGGCUUACACGAAAAGGAUCUCGCGCUGCUGUCCCCACGCAUGUCGCUCGUACAAGACCAGCAGGAGGCUCUGACCGGACCGGGACCCCUGAUCAAAUGGACUGGGAAGCCACCCAUGCUCAAAUUGCAGCCCUACAAAAGGAAGUCGCGGCCCUCCUGACAAGUUUGUCAAGAUACAUCAAAUACGCCACCAUACCUAUCCACCCGAAACCUUUCAAGGGAGUGACCGGGAAUAUAGAGGAGAUUAAUAAGAUUGUACGGGUUCAGCUAGACAUCGGGGCGCAUACAGAAAAAGGAGCCUACUUCUAUGUGAUACCCGAUAACCUGGGCUAUGACUUGAUCUUGGGACUCCCCUGGCUGGAGCAACAUGAUGGAAGAUAUCCGCCGCAACCAUGGGAGGAUUUAUACAAAGGAAAAGGUGCCGUGGCCAAGAUAUUGAGAUAUUUGCGGUCUCGAUUGGCAGAUAUACAGAAGGCACUGGCCCCAAAGAGACAUAUUGACCCCCGUACAAAGCUACCAAGGCAAUACUGGAAAUACCUAAGGCUCUUCGAACAAGACAAAGCAGAAGAACUACCACCGCACCGGGGAGAUGGGAUUGAUCACAAAAUCGAGCUCGUACAGGAGGAGAGUGGGAAGGAUCCUGAAGUCCCCUGGGGCCCCCUUUACAACAAUGACCCAGGAAGAACUAAUAAAAGGCUUUAUCCGCGUGAGCCAUUCCCCAGCUGCAGCCCCAGUACUCUUUGUACGAAAACCAGGAGGAGGACUGCGGUUCUGCGUCGAUCUGACCGUGCUCUAAAUGCCAUUACCAAGAAGGACCGCUAUCCAUUGCCCCUGAUCCAUGAGACACUGAACCAAAUUGGACAAGCCAGAUGGUUUACUAAGCUGGAUGUGUCUGCUGCCUUCCAUAAGAUCCGCAUGAGCCAAAGGCCAGGAAUGGAUGACUGCCUUCCGUACGAGAUACGGGCUCUUUGA